AUGGCGCCAGCAGCAGCGGGAGCUGCAAAUUUGGCAGUGAUUGUCAUCCUGGUCCGAGGAAGAUGUGGGCUCUCCAGAUGCAUUACUUACUACUUGGUAUCCAUGGCAGUGACAGAUCUCCUGGUCAUCGUAACAGCUGUGAUAUUAAACAGGAUUGCCCGUAUUUAUUUCCCAUUCAGCUUCCUCUCCAUCACUCCAGUCUGUAGUCUCAGUUUUGUGCUAAUUUAUGGAGUCAGAGAUUGCUCUGUCUGGGUAACAGUCACUUUCACCUUCGAUCGGUUUAUGGCCAUUUGUUGCCAGAAGCAGAAAAUAAAAUACUGCACAGAGAAAACGGCGGCGGCGGUGAUAGGAACUGUUUGUGUUCUCUGCUGUUCUGUAAACACCCCCUGGUACUUUGUAUAUGAGCCUUCCUUUAUCAUUAACAAUACACCUUGGUUUUGUAGUGCAAAAUCCAUAUUUUACACAUCGCCUAUUUGGGCCGGAUUUGAUUGGAUUCUCAUCAUUUUAAGCCCCUGCCUCCCUUUCAUUCUGAUUUUACUGCUCAACGCUCUGACCGUCAGGCAAAUUCUAGCGGCCAAUCGAUCCCGCAGGAGACUCCGGACCCACAGCAAUGCAGAGAAUCAGAGUGACCCGGAGAUGGAGAAGCGGAAAAAGUCCAUCAUUUUGCUCUUCUGUGUCUCGGGCAAUUUCAUCCUGUUAUAUUCCUUAUUUUUUAUAACUAUCUUCUACGUCAGAAUUGCGAAGGUAACAUAUUCCUCAGGUUCUGAUUCCAGUAACUCAACAUUUAUUCUCGAUGAAAGCGGAAAUAUGCUUCAGUUUUUGAGUUCCAGCAUCAACCCGUUUAUUUAUGCUGGGACCCAGAGUAAAUUCAGAGAAGCGUUAAAGAAUGGGGUGAAAUAUCCCCUGACACUAAUUGGCAAAUUAUUUCAUUAA